AUUACAACGUUAUAUAUGUAUUAUAUGCUCUUAGGAUAAAGGAAAAAAAAGGUACAUAUAAAAAUUGGAAAUGAGGGUAAUUAGUUACAUAAGAGGAUUUUCGGGGUUGAUGAUCAUCACAUUAAUGUUGUUUUGUUAUAUUGCCAAGGCAUGGAACUCGUCGACUACUAGAGAACUUGAACAAGUAGAGGUGAAAGUGCCUUGUUUCUUCAUAUUUGGGGAUUCAUUAGUUGAUAAUGGUAACAACAAUGGUAUCCCUACUAUUGUUAGGUCUAAUUUCUUGCCUUAUGGUAUUGAUUUUCCUCGAGGACCAACCGGGCGCUUCACCAAUGGUCGAACUUUUGUUGAUUUUUUGGCCGAAUUUCUAGGUUUUCCGGACUUCAUCCCACCAUUUUCAGAAGCAAGAUAUGUUGAAGUCCUUCGGGGAGCUAAUUUCGCAUCAGGAGCUGCUGGAAUUAGAGAUGAGACCGGGAAUUAUCUGGGUGCUAAUGUUCCGAUGAAUGAACAAAUUAGAAACUUUGGAAUAGUAGUAGAACUACUAAGAGAGUAUUUUAGGGGAGAUGAGAAUUCCCUACAAAACUAUCUAAGCAAAUGUAUAAUUUAUUCUGGACUUGGAAACAAUGACUACCUCAACAAUUACUUGAUGCCUUUGCAAUAUCCUGAAUCGUCUCAAUUCACACAAGAAGAGUUUGCUGCCAUCCUCCUUGAAGAAUACCAGUUUCAACUCACGGAAUUGUACAAUCUUGGAGUGAGAAAGAUGAUAUUACCUAAUAUUGCGCAAAUGGGGUGCAUACCUAUCAAGAGAUUAAGGAAUGGGACGAGAGAAGGACGAUGUAAUGAGGAUCAAAACAAUGUUAUCCAACCCUUCAAUUUUGGCCUACGAAACCUUGUUGAUACUCUUAACAACAAUGGUGAAUUACCAGGAGCCAACUUUGUAUACUUGGAUUAUUAUGAAGCUUGCAAGGAAAUUGAUUCUAACCGAAAAUCUUACGGACUUGAGGUGGUAGAUAAAGGAUGUUGCGGAGAGGGGAUGAACAACGUUAAUGGCGGGCAUGUUUCAUGCCUUCCAUUCCAAACUCCGUGCGACGAUCGCAAGAAGUUCUUUUUCUGGGAUGCUUUUCAUCCAAGUGAAGUUGUUCAUAUGAUACUUGCUAACAAGGCUUACACUUCCGACUCUAAUUCAUACGCUUACCCUAUUAACAUAAAGCAAUUAGCAAUGCUCUAAAUGUAUAUAAUAUUAUUAUUGAAAUUUUAAUUAACAACAAUUAAUCAAAGAUAGGAAUACCUUAUAGAGGGGUGAUUACAUAUUUAUGAAUCCAAGUAAUUAAAUAACUCUAAUAAGUAGAUCUUCUUGGUUAUAUGGAAUACUUUGAAUUUAAACAUAUUAGAGUUAGCUACACAUAUUCUUAUACUUCCUGUAUGGAGUUAUUGAUCAUUCAUAAACGAGGAUAUUGAUAAACAAAAUAAUAAAAUAGGUUAAGUUUCUGAUUUACGUAGUAUAA